UGACAGCAGAGUUCUUUUCGUUUGAAGAUUUCUAAGCGAAAGUCGUGUUUUCUGUGCAUCUCGCGUUUCGUGUCAAAAACCUAAGACUUAAACAUGCGUUACGUGGCUGCAUACUUGUUGGCUGUUCUCGGCGGUAAGGAAACCCCUGCCAAUGGAGAUUUGGAGAAAAUCUUGAGCUCUGUGGGUAUUGAGGUCGAUUCCGAGCGUCUGACCAAGGUUAUUAAGGAGCUCAGUGGCAAGAGCAUCGAUGACCUGAUCAAGGAGGGUCGCGAGAAACUGUCCUCCAUGCCUGUGGGUGGUGGCGGCGCCGCUGCUGCUGCUGCUCCAGCUGGUGGUGCUCCAGCUGCCGCUGCCGGUGGUGACAAGAAGGAGGCCAAGAAGGAGGAGAAGAAGGAAGAGUCCGAGUCUGAGGACGAUGACAUGGGCUUCGCUCUCUUCGAAUAAGCCGACCACAAAACUUCUAACUACAAAAAGUGCUUAAACACACGCAGCGCAGUUUAUAACUUUGUUCAAAGAGAACCAGUCAUUUGUAUGCUAUAACUUAACAUCUGCACAGUGGCACGGAAAUCCUUUGAAAUGUCGUUUCAAAAUUUAUUUUUACACCCAACGACAAAAAUAUAAGAAAAAACAAAAAAAAAACCAACAAAAAGUUCAAACAUUUAUUUCUAUGAAAUAAAAAUCUGCAGUGUUUACACUUUGUA